CUUAGUUUUAACCAAAAAAUGCACGGAUUAGUGGUGGCAUUGGUGGCCUGCCUGGCUGUGGGUAGUGCCUGGGCUGGCACUGUCAGCAUCUCGCCCAAUCCUUUCGAGCGAGAGGGUCGCAUUGUGGGCGGCGAGGACACCACGAUACGGGCACAUCCCUAUCAGGUGUCGCUGCAGACAAGCCGCAGCUCCCACUUCUGUGGAGGCAGUUUAAUCAACAGGAACACCGUGGUGACGGCGGCACAUUGUCUGCAGGGCCGCAAGGCGUCCAAGGUCUAUGUGCGCCUUGGCUCCACGCUGUACAAUGAGGGGGGACUGGUGGUGGCCGUCCGAGAGCUGGCGUACAACGAGAAGUACAACGCCAGCACCAUGGAGUUCGAUGUGGGAAUCCUGAAGCUGGCCGAGGACGUGGAGGAGACCGAGGAUAUCCGCUACAUAGAGCUGGCCAAAGAGACGCCAGCCACGGGCACGCCAGCCAUUGUCACUGGAUGGGGAUCAAAGUGCUACUUCUGGUGCAUGACCUUGCCAAAGGUGCUCCAGGCGGUGGUCGUAAACAUCGUGGACUGGAGGGUGUGUGCCUCGGAUGCGUACAAGUACGGCGACAUCAUCUACGACACCAUGGUAUGUGGCUACGAGCAGAAGAAGGAUGCCUGCCAGGGCGACUCCGGUGGCCCAUUGGUGGCCGAGAACAAGCUCGUGGGCAUUGUCUCCUGGGGCUAUGCCUGUGCCUCAAAUCUACUGCCCGGCGUCUAUGCCGAUGUGGCAGCUUUGCGUGAAUGGAUCAAUGAGACUGCCGAGAAAUUGUAGAUCCUCAUGGACGCAUACUUUCAGGGGUUCCACUGAAUUCUAUUCUGAUAAGCGAUUAAAAAUCAUUCAGUCAGAAAGCUCCUUCAAAGUUUA